AGAAGUCUCAAUAGUGUUACCAAGCUUUCGCACUACCCGCACCUCAUCAUCACAAUGGUCUCGGUGCUCUUGAGAGCGGGCGCCAUCCCCGGUUCUCCGCACCUGCAGCCCGCCAAGCUCGAUGGAGUAUCAACACCAUGCCAAGGAAGCCUUAAAAUUGCCAUUUGUAGCUACACGAUUUGCUUGAGCAGGCUUGGUGGAUGCUUAGCGAGUUUCAUGCUGCGGUUGCUCCUGCCCUUGCUGUGCAGAAUUACUCAGGAUCAUAGAACCUCGCGGCCUCGAAGCGAAGCCGCCACAGGACAUGACUAUCAUGCUCGAACAUAAGCCUCCUCAGCGCGGAGUGGCGGACCGUGAUAAGCUCUUUAACUGUUUAUUACUUCGCUGGCCCGUUGCCGUGAUUGAUGCCUUCCUGCUAUCCUACCACCUCUCGACCGACCGACAUUCAAGUCUAGCAAAAGGUAGCACACCGUAGCCCGGAAAUCAUGUCUUCAGAACCACAGUCCUCUGCCAAUGAGCAACCUCAAAGCCAAGUGGCCGGCCAAGUCACAGCGGCAUUCACUACCUCUUCGGCGCCAGCAGAUACCAUACAACACGUGUCAUUUACAACAGCUUCUACACAAGUUGCCAAGAAAAAAGUUUUUGUCACUGUGAACAGCGCCGAUCCUCUAGAUCUUGGCAAGCACCGUCGAUCAAACCUUACCCAGGCUCAGAUGAAGGCAGAAUACCCCCAGGCAAACAAGAAGCGCAUGAAGAAAUUCUACACGCGGCAGAACCAACUUAUCGACCAGUUCCUUCAAAGCGGUGACGAAGAGCGGUUAGCUGCUCUCGACACUCUGGAGAACGGACCGAGUGUGAAGUUCGCCAUCAAUGCGUCCUUUGUUGUCAACUUCUGUCUAUUCGUCAUUCAGAUGUACGCUGCGAUCUCGACGGGCUCGCUGUCUCUCUUCGCUACAGCAGCAGAUGCUUUCAUGGACCUUGUGUCGUCAUGUGUUAUGCUUGUCACCAGCCGGAUGGCAGCGCGGCCGAGCAUCUACAAGUACCCUGUCGGGCGUACAAGGAUUGAGACUAUUGGGAUCAUCAUGUUCUGUUGUCUGAUGACUACUGUCGCCAUCCAGCUGAUUAUCGAGUCCGGUCGAGCACUUGGUGCUGGCCCCAGAGCGUCUGAAGAGCUCCAUAUCAUUCCCAUCGCUUUCGUUGCAACAGCUAUCUUUGCCAAGAGCUCACUGUGCAUCUACUGCUACAUCUACCGUCGCUAUCCUUCGGUACAUGUCUUCUUCAUCGAUCACCGCAACGACAUUGUCGUCAACUCCUUUGGUCUGGCCAUGUCAAUGGUCGGUAGCCGCGUCGUGUGGUAUGUCGAUCCAAUUGGUGCCAUUCUGAUCGGCCUCUUAAUUCUUGUCUCUUGGGCGGCGAACGCCUUUGACCAUGUCUGGCUCCUCGUUGGCAAGUCAGCACCUAAGGAGUUCCUUUCCAAGCUCGCCUACCUGGUAGUCACACACGACGAUCGUAUCGACAAAGUUGACACUUGCCGCGCAUACCACGCCGGUCAAAAGUACUACGUCGAGGUCGAUAUUGUAAUGGAUGAGAGCCUUCCCCUCAAGGUUACCCACGAUGUCAGCCAGACUCUGCAGCGUAAGCUUGAAGGUCUUGCAGACGUAGAGCGAGCAUAUGUCCACGUCGAUUAUGAGAACGAUCACGACAUCAAGGAAGAGCAUAAGCCUUUGUAUGAGGUCACUCAGCAACGGACUAUCAAGGAGCGCGUACAGGCAUUGAAGUACAUCUUCAAGAAGAGUAGUGCAUCGUGAGAGCGAAAUCGUCUCACUCUUCUCCCAAAAAGGCACCCCAGUAUCGAGCAGAAUCGAAGCUCAGCAGGCAAGCCCUCGCUUCACAAGUAGUGUUUGCUUUGUAGUCAUUUUCAUGGCCCUCAGCGGCACAAUUAGAUACCCAGCGCGAUCGAUGACUUGCAGCUCAAAUGCACACG